CAAUUAUCGCUUGCUCCUGGCCGCGACAGUCCACAAGCGCGGCGUACGAAUAUGGCGGCUCCGGUCCCUCCUGAGGAGUUCCCCAUUCUCGAAAGUGUUAUCAAGUUCAGAAUCGCGUGGGGGUUCUCAGGUGGCUCGGAUCCCGAUCUUGAUUGUUGUGUGGUGUACGCGCAUGGCAUCUCCUCGCACGCCGAGCGAGAUCACAUCCGGAACAGGCUAACGGUACUCAAGAAGGACCGCGGAGAGUAUAUCAAGCCUUCCGAUGUGAAUUCGCUGUAUCAGGCUGUCGUCAAACAGGUCACGAAGCUCAAUGAAGUCCGUGACGAUGACACCAACUGUAACAAUCGGCUCGACACGACACUCGCCGAUGUCUUCAGUCUCCUCUCCCUGUUCUAUAUGACGAUUGGCAAGACCCGUGACGCACCUGCCGUAUACUGCCAAAUCGCCUCGAUGAGGCAAAUUCUGCGACACAUGGAUGAGAGUGCGGUGUACAAUGAAUCAGACUUGGCGCCCUUUCGGCGACGGCUAGCCGAGCUGCGACAGAUCGUACAGCAUGAAGGGAAACAGGCUAAUGCACUGACGAAGUUGCUUGAGCGGCAGUUAAAUGAAUGUGAGAGCAUCGUCCGUCGUCUGGAAGAGUCACUCUCUGUGCUGUCGGUGGAGCUUAUACCGAUCCAUGAACGCCUCGUUACACUGCGUCGACAGCUCGUGGCCCUCGCUGCCAAGGAAGGAUCGCACGUCGCUGAGCUCAAGCCGAUCAAAGAAGAGCUGCGGAAGAUCGACUCGAAGCGGGUCGAUGGCAAGUUCCUCGGGCCAGGCGGGAUUGUUCCCGCGUCGCAGGCGAUCUGCUCCUCUCUGCUCGAGGAGUGUUUCGAAAUCGUCCAGGAGAUCAAGGCUCAGGAGGACUCGAAAUACGUCGACGGGUCGCUGAGGCCGAUCUACGACCGACUUUCUGGACUCAGAGCGGAGUUGGAGAGUCUGGUGCUGACGCAUCGAUGGACACUGCGCGAAACUGAUCUAUGGAACUACUCGAGUGCGCUGCAAGAUAUCGACAAGAUGAGGGUGGAUGGCAAGUUUCUGGAUUCGGAGGGUGGCAGACCACCUGGCCAAUAUAUCCUCCUGUAUCUCCUUCGUCGAUGUUACGGGCUGAUAUACCGAUUGCUAUCCUCCAGUGAGCCUGUGUCUGAGGAACUCAUGCCCAUCGCCAACAAACUGUCGACCGUCAAAAAGUGCCUCAACGAAGUGCUCAAAUACGGCGGUACAUUCAGCGCUCGGGAUCUAUAUCCUUAUCAAUUAGCCCUGUUUCAAAUUGAUUCGAUGCGCAAGGAUGGCAAGUUUGUCGGGCCAGAGGGCACUGUACCCGAGGGCCAGGGUGUGGUCAUGGCGCAUUUGAAUGAAUGUCACGAGCUACUUGAGAUGCUGAAAGAGUCGCUUGAGGGCUCGGAUGCCGACGAAGAUGACGAGGACGAGGACGAGGAGUUCGAUGAUGAGAACGACGAUGAUGAGAACGACGUCGACGUCGAAGGGGGCAGUACCAGAGUUAGAGAUGGAGCGAGCGAGCGAGACGAUGUUGAAGACGAUGACGACGACUACGAAAGCUUUUCUCCACCGCCCGACAGCGAAGACUACGACGACGAUGAUUUGGAAGAGGAGGGCACAGGCGGGCCAUAACCAAAUGUAGAUGUAUCCAAUACAAGUAUCCCCACGUUCCAGGACAAUGAUCUCUCAGAAUGAACGACUCCAUUCUGUUUGUGCAAAGCACUGUUUCUUAGCGUGUGCCACAAGUACACAAGUGAUGAAGCCUGACUUUCUCCGCCGAACUCUGACCGGAAAACAAUAGGAAUCAAUGCCAAGAAUGCUAGUGGCCACCUCAAUGGACGAGUGCGGACCGAUGUUCCACACACGCGUCGGUCCAUCCCAAAAUGAUUCUCACCUUUGAAUGACAGCGGCACCGCCACGACUUCAUAUCCUGACCAAACCCCUCGUCGUCAUCACCACACACGCGUCCUCCCGUAAAAUGUCGUCGUCGUCCGCCAGUGGAAUCCCUGCCAUGGGCAUGAGCCUGCUCUGCAUCGUCGGCGGGGCGAUCGGUUUCUUCCGCAAAGGCUCCAUCCCGUCCUUCGUCGCGGGCCUCGCCGUGGGCAUGUUGUAUCUGCGCAGCGGCUCGCAGAUGCUCGACGGGUCAGCGGCAGGGAACGUGGGAGUGCAGGGUGCCUUGUUGGCCUCUGUUUUGCUCACCCUCAGCUCGGUGCCCCGCCUGACGAAAGGUCCGAUUCCGAAAGUGCUCGCGCUCGGGUCGUCGAUCGUGGGCGCGUACUACGCUCGCUGGUACUUCAACGUUUGAGCUGGAUGUAUAUGCUCUGCAUGGAGAAAUUUAAAAGGUGUUAUGCGCUAGGCAUGUAAGCUGAGACUUCAUUGGUGUGCAUGCGUCGGCGUGUCGUGCACCUUUGCUUCCAUUCUGACAGAAAUCUUUCAUAAUUCCGAGCGCAUUUUAAACACCGGUCCGGAUGCCUCAAUCCACAUCCCAGCGUCAAGAUGAAGUAU